UCAUGCACGUAAAAUAAGUAGUACAGGUUAAAGUUGACACAAUCAAGUUCUACACUCACACAUUCUUACACACAAACAGCACAAUGGCCCUGGAGUGCGAGUGUUUCCCGCUCGAUGACCCUCGCGUGAUCGACAUCCACAUCGCCAAACAGAAGAACACAGGACCCAGGUACUGUACGGACACAAAAAAACCUGGUCUGGCGGACAUAGAUCUGUGCGAGAUACAGCGCCGGUCACAAGACAAGCGCAACAAACACAACGACUACAGUUGUCAUCUGAAGGGGGAGAAGAGGCAGAAUCUGAUAAACAAGAUGAAGAUGUUCCUAGAUGACUACGAUGACAGGCCGGUGAUGAACCGAGGCUCGAAGUCUGGAAAAGGAGGUGGGCGAGCUCUGGGCCAGACAGGAUUCGGCCCCCUGAUCAAAUAUCCCGGCUACGUGGAUUAUGACCACCCGUACUUCAGUGAGCCGUACAACAGUCUGCCCACACUGGCCUUGACGGUGAACCAGCAGCCGGGUGGUAACCCUUGUCCACCCAUUUCCGUGAGGAACUGGGAAGAGACGCGGAAGCAGAGCCAAAAUCAGACUCAAAGCCACCACACCCAGAGCCAAGGGGGCGCAGCCAGGGCCAAGGGUUGUCACUGUGCCCAGUGGCGGGGAGAGGCCGCAAGGUGUCCGGCGGCCAACUCUUAUUUAUUUGAUGUUAAACUGAUGAAAGAGUUUAUGGGAAUGGGGAAGGGUUGUUGCGGCCAGGAACGGGGGACGUCUGCCGCCGGGUCCCCCAGGAGAGCCGGGCACGACGAGGAGGUCUGCCAUGGUACCAACGAGCGUCGACGAGACCUCCUCGAACAGUUGAAGAUUUUCCUGGAUGAGUUUGAUGAGAGGCCGUGCAAAGUAGAGCCGCCCAGCAAGAUGUCCGCCACGAGGCCCCUGGGCGAGUACCCCGAGUACAUCAAGAACCACUGCCAGUCCUGGAUGCCGCCCAUGCCACGACCGCCCCUCAUCUCCAGUGUGCAGACCCACGAGCUUCGCCCCACCGAGGACUACGACCGCAUGAGUCAGAACGACUCGGAGUACAUCACCUAUGUCGACGUACGCUCCAAGCCAAAACCUACGUUGCACCCACGCUGUGACUGUGCUAAAAGGAACGGUCUGCAAGAUCACUGCGAAAGGCCUGAGUGCAAGCCGCCCACGCCACAAUGUUUGGCCUCCAACCCCGGUCCCUGCUGCCCGCCCUCCAUGGGACUCACGGGUCGCGAGGCUGCCAUGGGUCAGUCCCCCGGUUCCUCCGCUCAGUCCUCCGCUGUUCCUAAAAGGCCAGAACUCAAGAUGGCGUGUUUCUGCAAGGCCUCUCCCUCAGAGAUGCCAUCGGGCCAGAAAUACAUCUGCUGUCCCAUGUCUCAAUUUAAAAAUAUAAAUAAGCCCGACAAUAAGAUACCACAUGUUCAGUUAGACACAUUCAUACAUUUCACACCACACCACAACAAGAACACUCCAGUUUACAUUCACACGAAAAUUAUCAGUAACAUUCACAAACACAACAUGGCAGGCAAGUGUUGCGGCCAGGAGAGCUACGGUCGGGGUCAGAGGCCAGCGGCAGACCGGCGACAACAGCUCAUAGCCCAGAUAAAACAAUUAGUAGGCGACAUAGAGGCCAGCGAGAACCGGCAGGGGAAGGGCGGGAGUCGGCGUGGACACGCGGCAGCAGCGGUACCGAUGGGGAUGCGAGACAUGGAGGAUGAGUGCAGAAAGUACCGCAAGAGGAAAGGGUGUACACCGCCAACCAUCACUGGCAUAUCGGUGCACGAGACCAGACCUACCAGCGAGUACAGUCGCAUGCAGUACGAGAACAGGAGCCAAGUCACGUACAAGGAUGCCGCAAUACCAGACAAGUCAGACCCUAGGCCGUCGGCACCCUGGGACCUGCCACGUACACCUAGCCAAGAGCUGAGGGCCGGUAAUCUCUACAGAGACUGCGAGUGUAAGAAGAGGAACGGGCUACAGCAGGACUGUCCACGUUGGGAUUGCAAUGGGAGGCCACAGUGUGUGGCCACUAAUCCUGGACCCUGCUGUCCGCCCUCCGCUGCCCGGAAACCUAUAAGAGGUGACCGGCAAAGCCAGACCGCAGACUCGCGCAAGCAAGGUGGAACUCCUAAUCCGAUGGUGUGUGUGAUCCCGGCCGUAGCUCAGACACCCCAGAGACCGCCACAGCAGCCCCAAGUAGUCAGCGAGGAGGUCAUUGGCAUUUUUCUGGUCCCACCCACUCAACUGGCCCCUCCUACACCUCCUCAAAGCCCCGCAACACGUCCUGCUCAAACUUCCACCUGCUGCAACAGUGGCACCAAAUACCUGUGUUGUCCUGUGUAAUAUAUUAUAAUAUUAGUUCAGUAAACAUUCAUGCACAGUGUA